AUGUCGACAGACAUCGUGAAGCAGCCCGAGGAGGGUUCAAGCCAAGAUGUCGAGGCGCCAAAGCCCGUGUCCCAGUUCACGCGAUGGUUCAGAAGCCCACUGUUCAACGUCAUCCUAGUGGGCUUGAUCUCUUUCACGCAACCGGGUAUCUGGAAUGCGCUCAACAAUACGGGGGCUGGUGGACAGCAAGAGCCAUAUCUCGUCAACGGGUCCAAUGCUCUCACAUUCGGCAUAAUGGUCUUUGGGUGUUCCAUUUUUGCAAUUCUUGCAAACAAGAUUGGUCUGAACAAAGUUCUGAUUAUUGGAACGCUGGGUUAUGCGCCUUACUCGGCAUCAUUAUACGUCAACAAUAGGUAUGGCACAGAGUGGUUUGUAUUGUUUGGCGGUGCCACCUGCGGUGUGGCGGCGUCGGCGCUGUGGGCUGCAGAGGGUGCAAUUGCUCUCGGAUACGCCGACAUACACGACCGAGGAAAGUUCACUGGUAUUUGGCUCGGUCUCCGUGAGCUUGGACAGCUCAUUGGUUCAUCCAUUCAACUGUCACUUAAUGUCAAAAAUGGCCAAAGAGGCAAGGUCGGGUCUUCGACAUAUCUCGUUUUGAUCGCCCUACAGUGCCUUGGACUUCCUCUUGCACUCCUCGUGUCACCACCUGAGAAGGUCAUCCACCGCGACGGCAGGAAAGUCCCCGACCCAACCAAGAACAAGGCAGUGAUGAAGGAGUUCCACAAGUGGGUAGGCCUGCUCAAGCGGAAGCAAUUCUACCUUCUGAUCCCGAUCCUAGUCGGGUUCAACUGGAACAGCACAUAUCAGGGCAUCUACCUCACCAAGUACUUUUCCGUCCGGGCCAGGACCCUCGGCUCUUUGACCUCCGGAAUCGCGGCAACGGCCGCCAACGCCUUCUGGGGCUGGUUCUACGACCUGAAGUGCUUCAGCCGCCCUACCCUUGCCAGGAUCACAUGGUUCAGCUUUUCGACCAUCAUGCUUGGGUUGUUCGCGUGGCAGACUGCGAACGAGAAGCUGUAUGAGGACACAAAACCCACUCUGGACUGGGCCACCCCUGGCUUUGGCCGCGGCUUUGCUGUCAAUGUUCUGUUCCGGUUCAUGAACGAAUCACACUACAUGUUCGUGUACUGGAUCAUGGGCACAUUCUUCGACGACAUCGAGACCCUGACACUGGGAGUCGGACUAGUCCGGUCCUUCGAGUCGAUCGGUUCAUGCCUGGCGUUCGGCAUCGGGGCCGUCAAGGUCUCGCCCAUGGUGAACCUGAUCGUCGCUUUCGUCAUGUUCGUCGUGUGCAUACCUGCAACGUCAUUCGCUGUUCUUCUUGUGCCGGAGAGGCCGGUCGAUAACAGGGCGCUUGAUUCGGAUAACUCGUCGAUCGAGUCUCGCAAAGAUGCGGACCCAGUUGUCGUCGCUACGGCAGCAGAUGCGGUAGACGGGCCUCGGCCAUAG